AUAGCAUAUUUUCGUAUAGUUCGCGUAAUUAUUUAAUUAAAAAAUACAGAUUUCUUCCAAAGAAAUCAUAACAAAACUACAAAAUGUAUAAACAAUUAGUACUUGCAUCAUUUCUGCUUUUUUACGUGCAAAUAUCGAAUGGUUUGUUACGACGCUGUUAUCAGUGCCGUUCUAGAGGGGAGCUUGGGAGCUGCAAAGAUCCAUUUAAUUAUAACGCAACUGAUGUUGAAAAUGAACCCGGUCUGUCGGCUAUACCCUGUGCAUCUGGCUGGUGUGGAAAGGUGAUCGAAGGUGGUGGCACAUAUGCCGUAGACGAUUACGACCAAGCGAUUCAGCGAAUGUGCGUACAGCGCGGACCAGAUGACAACCAAGAUCGAUGUGCGAAUACAGUUUACAACUAUAAAAAAGUGUAUAUGUGCUUUUGCCAAGGAGAUCUAUGCAAUUAUGGGUCGACUACUAGCCUCAACAUUUUUGCGUUGGGAAUUACGGUCUUUGCAAUAAUACAUAAUUGUUUAUAUUAAUUACAACUGUGAUCACUAACCACAGACUGUUUAUUUUUAUAAAAAUCUUUUUUAACAUAUCACUGCCACCGUAGACUCCGGUAAUUAGAAAAACUUGUGUGAAUAUGUCUAUUUGACGAUUUUUAACAUAUAAUAUUCAACUUUCUUUUAUUUCAAACCAGAAAAUCUCAAUUAGCGAAAAAAUACAAA